AUGGAGGCCCGUCUGAGCGAGAUCGCCCUGGUGGCGGAUCAGAAGGCGAGGACCGCCCAAUACCGUGAUGUCCUCACCGAGUGCCUCGCCGGGGGAGGGAACGUAGAAGGUUUGAAGGCGAUGGUGACGCACAUGAUGUCGGACGACGUUCCGCUGGUGAUCUCGAGACAGAUCCUCCAGGCCCUGUGUCAGGAGGUGGUGACAACCCUGCCGUCGGAGAAGCAGAAAGAGACUGCGUCGUUCGCCCUGGAGAAGAUGAACCCACGGGUGAUGUCCUUCGACGAGCAAGUCAGCAUGCUGCGUGAGGGUCUCGCGAAGCUGUACGAGAAGGACGCCGAAUGGAGCCGCGCGGCCGAGGUGCUCGCUGGAAUCGACCUAGAGAGCGGCACCAGGGUGCUCAGCGACGAGUACAAGUUGCAGAAGUGCGUGCAAAUCGCCAUGCUCUACCUCGAAGACGACGACGCAGUUAACGCGGAGACUUACAUAAAGAAGGCAUCGUUCCUUUUGUCGGCUUGCAAGCAGGACGAUACCUUGGAGUAUCAGUUUAAGACGUGUUAUGCACGUAUCCUCGAUGCCAAGGGCAAGUUCACCGAGGCGGCGCUGCGAUACUACGAUCUGUCGCAGACAAAGAUUGGGCUCGUGAUGGGCGCGGGCAAGCAGGUGGGAGAGGCUGACCUUGCAGCGGCCCUCACCAGUGCCAUCACGUGCGCCAUCUUGGCCGCCGCGGGGCCUCAACGUAGUCGCGUGCUGACCACGCUGUAUAAGGACGAGCGGUGCGCGCGUCUUCCCGUGUUUUCCCUCUUGGAGAAGGUGUACCUCGAGCGCAUCCUCCAGACUGACGAGGUUCAGGUGUUCAGCGCAAACCUCAAGCCCCACCAGUUGGGCGGCGAGGGGGAGGAUGGGAUGAGCAUCCUCAGCCGGGCGGUGAUCGAGCACAAUCUGCUGAGCGCUAGCAAGCUGUACAACAACAUCGCGGUCACGGAGCUGGGCCAGCUCCUUGGGGUGGACCCACAGCUGGCAGAGGAGACGGCGGCGAAGAUGAUUGGCGAGGAGCGCAUGGAGGGCAAGAUCGACCAGGUGGACGGGCUCAUCUACUUCCAGGAUCCCAAGAAUACCUCUUUGGCGAUAAUGCAAUUCGACGAUCAGAUCUUGGACGUGUGCAAUCAGGUCAACGCGCUGAUUGACAUGAUGGAAAGGAAAGGAAUCUUGCCCGAGGAUGCCUGA